AUGGCUACACAUUCUAUCUAAAAAUUCAAAUUAACUAAAACUAUACACAAAGAAUAAAUCAAAAUAUUGAAGCAAUAAUUAAAUGAUAAAAACAUUUAAGAUACUUAAACCAACAAUUCAUAAUGUUUACUAAAUAAUCUCACUUAACAAUUCCAAAAACUUAAUUCUUAAUCUCUAAACUUUAAUUCUGUUUUUGAUGAUAUCAAAUAAUAAAAACCAAUCAAAUACAAUCAAUAUGGAACAUUGUCUGUACAUAAUUUUGAUUAAUCAUUAUCUAUGAUUCUUCGAAAGUUACAAUAAACAACUCCUAACCAAAUUGAAAUUAAAUAAAAGGUAGAAAACUCUAGAAAACAAUCUUAACCUAUUAACAAUACUAUUUAAAAUAAUGAAGGAACAAUUAAAGUGGAUUACUAAUUUUGA